AUGACGGCCGAAACGACGGACGAGUUCGAGUAUCGCCUCCUGUGGUCGCGCGGCCCCAAGCCUCAAAUGUCAGGCUCUGACCUACACAUCGAGCUUGAAACAACCGGUGUGCCCCCCGGCGGCGUUCGAUGGGAGUUCUCCACCCUCUACCGACCCAGCAAGGCAUGUUAUCGAGACGUCCUGCUCCAAAAGAUCCUCGAAAUGUGCACAACCCACAAACUUACCGCAAUCGACAUUCGACAACCAAAAAUGCGAGGCAACAUUAAUUUUGUAGAUGUCAUCUUUGCAACCGAAGCAGAUGUCCUCAAGGUGUACGAAGAAGAGCUAUCGUUCGACUUCUACGGAACCCAACCCAAAGUUGUCGACCGUGGCAUUUGCGACCCUAAGUACGUUGCAGUGUGCAUUCAGACGCUUCCUUCCGAUAGCUGCCCGAAGCAAGUGUCGGCAGAAAUCCGGUCCGAUCAGAGGAUCCGCAAAGCCGGCAAGGUGAUGGAUAUCUGGGCGCUCCUUUGCCCUAAGUCCCGACGCUUCAAGGGAAAAGUGCUUAUGCUGCUGGAGCUGCACACGCAGAAUGGGGUUGUGAGUCUCGAGACUCGCGCUGCCGUUCCUGGUUGGAUUGUUAUCAACAAAGUCGCCUACCUCGUUCGCUUCCCCGAUCGCCCUACUUGGUGUUUCCACUGCCGAUACGACGAGACGGCUCCUUUCCACAGCCAGCAUGCUUGUCCCGCCGGCCCCUGUAGCUGCUGCAGGCAGAAGGGUCAUGCAUCGGUGGCAUGCCCUAAGCGGCAGGCGCAGAUUGCAAAGAAGAAGAAGAAGAAGGCGGACGAGGACGAGGACGGAGAUUCCGGCACUGACGACGACCGCAUGCCACGAGCAGUCUCGAAUGGUGGCGAACGAGCGUCGAUGGAACGACAUUUUGCCGAGUUGAGUAUCCGGGAUGAAAGCGAGGAGGCUGAAGAGCUGGCGGGAGACUUUGGCGUGUUGGCACUUUCGGAGGAUGAUAUUGGCAACUAG